AAGAAGAAGAAGAAGAAGAAGAAGAAGAAGAAGAAGAAGAAGAAGAAAAAGAAGAAGAAAAAGAAAUACUUGCCGAUCACAGCCUUAGUUCAGAGUGUACCUCUUUCCUAUGUAGAUCAUUUGUUUAUUGGCAUUUUUUUACAAUAAUUACUAGUGCAUUCCGUAGAAGCAAGAGCCAGUGCGUUUCUUGCGUGAGAAUUUCUUAUCAAAACUAAACAAAAUUAUAUUAUGUAUUCACCAGGUAACAGUACGUUGACGACUAUAAUCAGCAACACGACUUUACCACAAGCUGCACAGACAACGACAAGUCCUAAGGCAACAUCACCACAACAGACACACACGACGAUAAGUCAUAAAACAACGUCACUACAACCGAUACAGACCACGAAAAGUCAUCAAACAACGUCACCACAACCGAUACAGACAACUAAAAGUAAUCAAAUAACGACACCACAAACGAUACAGACAACGAAAAGUCAUCAAGCAACGUCACCACAAUCGAUACAGACCACGAAAAGUAAUCAAACAACGACACAACUACCGAUACAGACAACGUUAACUUCAAUAGCAACGUCACCAAAACCGAUACAGACAACGAAAAGUCAUCAAACAACGACACCACUACCGAUACAGACAACGAUAGGUUCCAUAACAACGUCACCAAAACCGACACAAACAACGACAAGUCAGAAAACAACGUCACCACAACCGAUACAGACGACGAAAAGCCACCACAAUACGUCACAACAACCUGCACUCGCAUCACCAAGUCAGACAGCAACGUCACCAGCCCCUGUGCACACGUCACAAGCGGGGCUCAUAGUCACAGCUGGCAUAAAUACGACCACAGUGACGCCCACUCACAGUUCUAUGACGUCAUUAGCUACUACAGCGACCACUAGAACCACGACUCACGCCCCGGUCGUAACACAACCAAAAGGAGUUCAAUGCUACAGUUGCUCCGGGCUGAUGUGUAGCUUCACAAUACCGAGCCAGAUCGUCCACUGCGACGACAGAACACCCUACUGUCUGAACACGUACAUCAGGGAGGCUCACGCUGAUCACGCAUCCAUCAGCAAAGGCUGUGUGAGUGUGAAGACGUGCAGGGAGAAGUGGUUCCAGGGCUCGUCAGACAGGAGUAAGUGUGUCGACCUCACGGCGGACUCCACGGAUCGCAAAGUCUGCCACUUCUGCUGUGUCAAAGACUUGUGUAACAAGCCCACCGUGCCCUUGGCGCAGCAUCUGUACUCAGGACACUGAAUACAUACGGGGAAAAGAGAAA